AUGGAUGCUGAUUCAUGGAGUGCUCGUCUUUCUUCAGCUUCUAAGAGAUACCAAUCAGCUCUUCAAUCACGAUCUGAUAUGUUCAUGGGGUUUGAAGAAAUUGAUGGAGAUGAUGAUAUAAGAGAGGAGUUUCCAUGCCCAUUCUGUUCCGAAUAUUUUGAUAUUGUUGGGUUGUGUUGUCACAUUGAUGAUGAGCAUCCCGUGGAAUCAAAGAAUGGGGUUUGCCCAGUUUGUUCAAUGAGGGUUGGGGUUGACAUGGUUGCGCAUAUAACCCUACAACAUGGAAAUAUAUUCAAGAUAUCCUUUUCUAUUGAGUUAUUUCUGGCUUUGAAACGCAAGAGGAAAUCACGUAGAGGUGGACCUCAUUCAACCCUUUCUUUGUUGAGGAAAGAGCUGCGAGAAGGAAAUCUACAAUCCCUUUUUGGCAGUUCUUCCUGUAUAGUUUCCUCAUCCAAUGCAGCACCUGAUCCGUUAUUGUCUUCAUUCAUUUUACCCAUGGCUGAUGAUUUCACGAAUUCUCAACCUUCCUUUUUGUCUGAAACAAGCUCGGCCAAGAAAAGCUUGGAUGGGAAUGUUUCAGAACGAAAUAGGAAGUCACCUCCCAUGUCAAUUAAGGAUAAGGAAGAGAAGGCGAAGAGGAGUGAGUUCGUACAAGGGCUGUUGUUGUCUACAAUUCUCGAUGACAUUUUAUAG